AUGAUUGCCAUAAGAAAGGAUGAAGAACUGGACCCAACGCACUCACUCCUCGUGGAGCAGUGGGACUGGGAGCAGAAGAUAGACACGGAAGAUCGAAACGUGGACUAUCUAAGAGACACAGUUAACAAGGUCUACGAGACUCUCGUUGAGGUAGAGCAGUCGUUGUGCCGGCAUUUCCCAAAGCUUUCUCCGGUGCUUCCUCCGAGUAUUACCUUUGUGCAUUCGCAGGAGUUGGCAAGCCGAUGGCCUGAUCUCUCCCCUGCCCUUCGCGAGCAAAAGGCCGUAGAAGAACAUGGGGCAAUUUUUGUCAGAGGUAUAGGAGCUGAGCUUUCGGACGGAGCGCCGCAUGGCCCCCGGUCAUGGGACUAUGAUGACUACACAACGAUGGCUGCUGAUGGAAGGCAAGGCCUCAACGGGGACAUCGUAGUGCUUGACCCUACGAGUGGCAAAGCACUGGAACUCAGCAGCAUGGGAAUCCGGGUUGAUGCAAGUGCAAUGCUGCGCCAAGCGAAAGCUGCAGGCAUGCCCAAGGACGCCUUGGAAUCUCCUUUUCACCAACAGGUUCUAGACGGUUCCCUACCUCCUUGCAUUGGUGGAGGCAUCGGCCAGUCGAGAGUUGCAAUGCUACUAUUGCGAAAGAUGCACAUUGGGGAGGUCCAAUGUUCCGUGUGGCCAGAAAAAAUGGUAGAGGAAUAUAGACAAGCAGGGUGCACACUUCUGUAA